ACAGAGAUUUCCAUCAUCCCGGUGUGCAUAGCCUGUCCAGCCUCACGCUGACGAACGCACGGCCCCUCACGGUAAUUUUAAGAACAACUUAAAGCCCCUGCAUCUAUCUUUCUUCAACACAUAUCUUUCUCGGUCAACAUCAUGGCCUCAAUGACACGCACAAGGUCUGGUACGAUCCCAUCCAUGGAGACCAGCGGUGACGAAUUCAAAGAUAACACUAUCAUCGUCGUAUUCGGUGCCUCCGGUGACCUUGCAAAGAAAAAGACGUACCCAGCUUUGUUUGGUCUCUACCGCAACGGUUAUCUCCCUAAAGAUGUCCAUAUCGUUGGCUAUGCACGAACAAAGAUGGAUGAAGAGGAGUAUCACAAACGCACCACUAGUUACAUCAAGAACCCUAACAACGAUCCUGAAGUCGCCGCCAAAAUCGAGGAAUUCAAGAAAUUAUCCUCCUAUGUCUCUGGCAACUAUGAUGAUAAUGCUUCUUUCCAAAAUUUGGCAAGACACAUGGAGGCUAUCGAGAAGGGCUAUAAAACUCGCGGUGUAAAUCGCCUCUUUUACCUUGCCCUCCCGCCGUCCGUGUUCGUUCCUGUCGCACAACAUGUCAAAGUGUGCUGCUACGCGACAAAUGGAACCAAUCGCAUUAUCGUUGAAAAGCCCUUUGGCAAGGAUCUUCAAUCCUGCAGGGAUCUCCUGUCCUCACUCAAGCAGUCGUGGCAAGAGGAGGAGACCUAUCGUAUUGACCACUAUCUCGGCAAGGAGAUGGUGAAGAAUUUGUUGGUCCUCCGUUUCGCCAACGUCGCUAUGGGCGCUGCGUGGGACAAGCAUUCAAUCAGCAGCGUCCAGAUCAGUUUCAAGGAGCCCUUUGGCACAGAGGGCCGUGGUGGUUAUUUCGACGAAUUUGGCAUCAUCCGUGACAUCUUGCAAAACCAUUUGUUGCAGGUCCUGAGUAUCUUGACCAUGGAACGACCUGUCUCGUUUGCAUCGGAGGACAUUCGGGAUGAGAAGGUCAAGGUGCUUCGCUCCAUCCCACCUAUCGAACGGAAGGACGUGCUUCUAGGCCAAUAUGUCGGAGCCAAUGGGAAGCCAGGUUACCUGGAUGACGACACUGUGCCGAAAGGCUCUGUCUGCCCAACGUUUGCUGCUACCACGCUCUGGAUUAAUAACGAGCGGUGGGAAGGCGUUCCGUUUAUCUUGAAGGCGGGAAAGGCCUUGAAUGAGGCAAAGGUUGAAAUUCGCUUGCAAUUCAAGGAUGUCACAAGUGGAAUUUUCAAGGAUAUUUCACGCAACGAACUCGUUAUCCGCAUUCAGCCAUCGGAGGCCGUUUAUCUGAAACUGAACACCAAGACGCCUGGAUAUGCGUUCCGCGCAAUUCCGACUGAGAUGGACCUUACAUACAAGAGGCGAUUCACGGACACAAAUAUUCCGGAGGCAUAUGAGGCACUCAUCCUGGAUGCGAUCAAGGGUGACCACUCGAAUUUUGUCCGAGAUGACGAACUGGAUGUUGCAUGGAAGAUUUUCACUCCCAUUCUGCACUGGAUAGAUGGGAGAGAAGGACCACGCCCUAAGCCCUCGCCCUACCCAUAUGGCUCUCGGGGACCUAAGGAGCUUGAUAGUUUCAUUGAGAAGCUGGGCUACAAGCGUGGCACAGGAGAGGACUACAGCUGGCCCACGACGAACGUGUCUAGUUUGUGAAUGAGGAUGUGUAGUAGUAGUAGAAUCGGUUUAUCUUCUGGUUGCACGAGGUUCGGGUGUGUAGGAAAAGUGAUAUACUUUCGUAAAUUGACUUGCAUGUGUCUUUCAUGAUUCUGGAAAUCGGUAGCCAUGAUUGUAUGUCCUAAAGUAUUGUUACACAUAUGCAGUAGUUGUGGCGGUUCCGGUCAGGA